UUUGUCAUUUCGAAUUUGUCAAAGUGAAAAGGUAUAUACCUAAACAAUUUUCAUUGUUUUUUCUACUGCGAAUAUUACUCGAACCACGAUUACUCGAUUAAUCGAUUAUUGCUAAUUUGGAGAAAGCAAAUAAAGGAAAGCAAAAAGAUGCCAUCGAACAACGCUGGAAGCUGUUUGGACAAGAUUUUGGCUGAUGUCAGUAAACAAUCGGCGACAAAACAAAUCCUAAUUGGUGCUGCCUCUGGAUGGGUAACUGGUUUUGCUUCGGCAAAAGUUGGUCGUUUGGCAGCAUUUACAAUUGGUGGCGCAAUCAUUUUGUUAGAAGUAGCAAAUGAACAAGGAAUCAUAAAAAUCGAUUGGAGCCGACUUUAUCGGAAGGUUGAUGAAGCCGGUGACAAAGUGCAGGAAAAACUUACGGGAGAGGGACCAAAAUGGAUGGAAAAGGCCGAACGUUAUGUUGAUCGCAAACUCGACCAAGCCGAAAGCACAUUGAAGAAAAACCAGAAGAAAGCUAAGAAAUGGUACGCAGCAUUCAUUGGAGACGACAGUGGGCCGAAAAUUAACAAUUUGCACAUAUUUUUGGUUGGGUUUACUGGAGGUGUUGCCAUUGGACUGGCUAGUGUUUAAACUUGAUUAGUAUUCGUGAAGUUCAUAAAAACAAGAAUGUUUACACAGCGUAGUGACUAACUAUAUACAUUUUACAUUUACAAUGGAUCGUUCAAAAUGCACGGCACAACAAAUUUUUAAAACAAACCAAUAUUGGCAAUGAGAUUGAAUGAAAUUUUAUGGCUGAUACUAUUUCGAAGAUCUGAAGCCCACCACCAAAGCAUGUUUCAAUUUCAACAUAUUACUCAAAUACUUGCACAAUUUGAAAUAUGCUUUGCUAUUGUGUUGGCCAUUUUGUGCUUCGCAAAUAAAACAUAAGUAUUAUUCUUUAGUCACUUAAAUUAUAACAACAGACGAAUAAAGUAUACAAUGAUGAACAUAGAAA